AUGUUUGUUAACUUAGAUGUUUUGUUAAUGAUGCCGCAUCCCUACGUGUGUUGGUGUUGUGUUGCAGCCACGGAGAAGAAGUUCGAGCUGACGCAAUCCAAGCCCGACCCGGACAGCGUUCGCAUCGCUUGCAGCGCCAAGGGGCUCUUCCCGGAGCCCAAGAUGGCGCUGUACAAGACUCCCUCCGGCAGCAAGCUGAGCAUGCCGGACGUGGAGGUGGAGACGACGGCGAAGCAGGGCUCGUACGACAUCCGCGCGCAGGCGCUGAUGAGCGACGCGGACCUCGAGUCGCCCACCUUCUUCGACUGCGAGGUGAAGAUUCCG